AUGGGAAACGCCUCCGGUGUCGCUGCGGGCGCGGCAUACUUCAUCACCAACGAGCCCGAUGGAAACUUCAUAGUCGCAGCCGACAUUGGCGGCGACGGCAAACUCACCCUUCGAAGAGCCAUCGGUACCGGUGGACAGGGCGAACAUGGUAUCACUGAUCCCAAUGGGCCUGAUGCCCUCUUUACUCAAGGUGCUAUCAAAGCCUCAUCAGUGGCCAAUAUGCUUGCAACUGUCAACCCUGGUUCCAAUACCUUGUCUUUGUUUGCGAUCAACCCCAAUGAUCCGACCAACUUGCAAAUGGUCGGGAAGCCCGUUGGCAGUGGAGGCGAGUUCCCCGUCUCUGUGGCAUUCAACAAAGAUGGAUCUCAGCUCUGCGCCCUCAAUGGCGGCGCAAUCAACGGUGUAAACUGCUUUAUUGUGGACAAGCAAAAGGGCCUCGUCUCGAUGGCCAACACCAACCGAGCGUUGAAACUAAACCAGACGACGCCUGCUACGGGUCCUGCAGGUUCAGUGAGCCAUAUCGUGUUCUCAGAAGACGGCAAAACCCUCGUCGCUUCCGUCAAGGGCGUUCCCCCAACACCAGGGUUUCUCGCUGCAUGGGCUGUACAGCAGGACGGUUCUCUAUCCACCGACUUCCAAAAGAUUGCGCCAGCCGAUGGUGGCUUGUUACCCUUCUCUAUGACAGUCAUCCCCGGAAAGAAUGCCAUCCUCGCUACGGACGCUGGCCUAGGGUUCGACAUCUUUGACUUUGGUGGUCAGGCCAAUUCUGCUGUCAAGAUUGACGGCCAGUCAGCGACGUGUUGGUCGAGCUUUAGCAAGAAGACCGGGAACUUCUACCUCACCGACAUUGGGACCUCCGUCGUCACCGAAGUCAACGUCGACGACAACCUCAAGGGUACCAUUGUAAAGCAAUAUGCGCAAGGACAAGGCACGGCAACAAUUGACAAUGACAUUGUCACAGUUGGAAAUAACGAUUUCAUGUAUGUGCUCGCAGCAAACGCUACGACCAUAGACGUUCUGGCCCUCAAUGCACCAGGCCAAGCCCAAACUAUCCAGAAGUUAGGAGUUGCUCAGACAGCCCAGCGAGCUAAUCUUAAGCUGAGCGGGUUCAAUGUACAAGGAAUGGCCACGUUCGUCCGACAGUAA